AUGGGUGCCACCGACAAGAUCAAGGAGAAGAAGGACAAGUCCGAGAAGAAGGACAAGAAGGAGAAGAAGAUGAGCGAGGAGGCCGGUGUCAAGAAGGAGAAGAAGGACAAGAAGGAGAAGAAGGAGAAGACCGAGAAGCUCGCCAAGGCCGUCGAGGCGCACCUCGAGAAGGAGGGUUCCGUUGACCCUGAGGAUGUUGUCAAGACCGCCGAGGACCUUGUCCCCUUUGCCCUUCCCCUCGCCGACGACAAGACCCACAAGAAGACUUACAAGUUGAUCAAGAAGGGCGCCAAGCUCAAGUCCAUCCACCGCGGUGUAAAAGAGUGCGAGAAGGCCAUCAAGAAGUGCCCCCUCCGGACCGCCGCCUCCCCUCCCGCCGACGCUCCCGGCCUCGUCAUCAUCGCCGGCGACAUCUCGCCCAUGGACGUGAUCAUGCACUUCCCCAUUCUGUGCGAGGAGCACGGCGUUCCCUACUUGUACAUCCGCUCGCGCGCCGACCUCGGCGUGGCCGCCUGCACCAAGCGCGCCACCUCGGUGGUGAUGCUCAAGCCCGAGGGCAAGAAGUCUUCUUCUUCUGGCAAGGAGGAGGCCGGCGACGACAAGAAGGUCGACCCUGCCGAGUACCUUGAGGCCUACAAGGAGCUGGUCAAGACGGCGCAAAAACAGUGGAACGUCCAGGUCGAGCCCUGGGUCAAGGGUACUCACCCGCUCCAGAUCGAGGCCAAGGUCAAGGGCACUGCCUAA